CACACAAACAAAGUCCACUAAUUUUAGUAAUUUAUCAAGACUCUUAUAUAAGAGUCCUGAGUUUCCUGACUUUGUAGUUUAUGGUCUAUGUGGGAUUUUGAAGAGAGGGGGAGAGAGAGAGAGAUCAAAGUGGGAAAGAUGUUGGAAGGAAAAGGAAUGAUAAAGGAGACAGAUAUGGCAGAUAAGAAGAUGCAGAUGCAAGCCAUGGCUUGUGCUUCUGAAGCUCUUGAUCUGCAUGAUGUUAUUGAUUGCAUCUCUAUUGCUGCCCACAUCAAAAAGGAGUUUGACAAGAGGUAUGGGAGUGGAUGGCAAUGUGUUGUGGGUUCUAACUUUGGUUGCUUCUUCACCCACACACCAGGGACUUUCAUAUAUUUCUCUUUGGAGACCCUUAAUUUCCUUAUUUUCAAGGGAGCUUCUACUUGAAUUUAGCACACUAAUUCAGGGAGAAGAGAUCAGAGAUGAAAUCUUAGCUAGAGGCACCCUCAUCAUCAAAGGGGCAUUAUUGGAAUAUUCUUAUUUCUGUAAUGGAAGAAUCUAUGAUCUAUCUAUGAGCCUGGUAAGAGGAGUUCUGUGUAAAGUUAAGGGUAGAAGUGGUAGUCUAGUAGAUCAAGUGUCCUUAUCUUCUGAAUCAGUGGAGCCUCACAGUGCCCUCCAUGUAAUCCAUCAGCAUUUAUGUAAUUAUAUUAGUGCUUAAUCAUUUAUCUUAUUGUUCUGUGAA